AUGAACAGACGCCGAUUGAUGCGUCUUGUCUAUCGGCGACUUUACUCGACGGCCGGCGACCCGACAAAACUGGUGAACCUCGUCGAAUUCACGCCCGACAAAAUUCGCAAUUUCGGGUACGUACGAAAAACCUUUUUCAGGGCGUGCUGGCUGAAACGUAUGUGCGUAAAUAACAUUUCAACGUGAUACGCAGUUUCAAUGGAGAACACUUUGCAGCAAAUACGCUUCAACUCGCCGUGUAUAGAUAGCACUUCAACUUUCUAUUCUGAACUUUAGAAUUGUGGCGCACGUGGAUCACGGUAAAUCGACGCUGGCCGAUCGACUUUUGGAGUUGUGCGGAGCCGUCCCGCCCGGACAGCAGCAAAUGCUCGAUAAAUUGCAGGUAUGACGAUAAACUCAAUAUCAGCUUCAACAAAUGUCGAUUUUAGGUAGAAAAAGAGCGCGGGAUCACUGUGAAGGCGCAAACGGCGGCGCUCCGCUACAAAGGCCAUUUGCUGAACCUGAUCGACACGCCCGGCCACGUGGAUUUCUCGGCGGAAGUUUCGCGGAGUCUCGCCGUUUGCGACGGAAUUCUGCUGCUCGUGGCCGCGAAUCAAGGCGUGCAGGCGCAGACGAUCGCCAAUUUUUGGUUGGCGUUCGAGAAAAAUAUUCAAAUGAUACCGGUCAUCAACAAAAUCGAUUUGCCCGGCGCCGAUCUGAAAGCGGUUUGCACACUUGGCGGCCGUGACCUAGUUUUUAUUCUUUAUUUCUAGGUCGAGACCCAACUCAAAACUCUAUUCGAAUUCAACGCCUCCGAAUCGCUUCAAAUUUCCGCCAAAAGUGGUCUGAACGUGGAAAAAGUGCUCGAAGCGAUCAUUGAUCGAGUACCGCCGCCGAUCGCAGAUCCACAGGCACCAUUUCGGUAGAUCGCAUUUGCUUUAUUACGAUUUUUCAAAUUUCUACAGCGCCCUAAUUUUCGACUCAUAUUUCGAUCAUUUCCGCGGCGCAAUUGCCUGUAUUCUCGUCAAAGACGGCACCAUUAAAAAGGGCGAUCGAAUUCGUUCGUGGCAAAACGACAAAUAUUAUGACGUGGCGGAGAUUGGAAUAAUGCGGCCGGAAAUGGUCAAAUGCACGGAAUUACGCGCCGGACAAGUCGGAUAUUUGGUGUGCAAUAUGCGGACUGUGCAGGUAUUUUUGAAAAAAAGUUUAAACUUCUCUGGGAACUCGAUCGCAAUCUAAUUAGAAAACUUCGCAAUCUAAUACGAACUCGUUUGAAAUAGAAUUUGCUUCAAUUAGAUUGCAAAAUCUUCUAAUUAGAUUGCAAUCACUGAAAUUUUUCUAAUUAGAUUGCAAUGUUUUCUAAUUAGAUUGCAAUUUUCUCUUAUUAGAUUGCAAUUCAGGAAAAACAUAUUGUAAUCUAAUACGAUUUUACUGGAACUUCAAUUAAAUCUGAUUAGAUUGCGAAAUAGAGCUUUUUCUUAUUAGAUGCAAACUCUUCUAAUUAGAUUGCAAUCGAGUUUCCAGAGUUACCGAACACUGUAUCGAUUGAUUUGUGCAAAGUUUUAAAAAAUAUGUCAAUAUACUCAGAAACAAUAUUUUCAGGAAGCAGUAGUGGGAGAAACGUUAUUCUCGGCGGAGACUGCGCGCGAAUCGGUGCAAACGUUCGCGGAAAUAAAAGGAGUGAAGCCGACGGUCUAUGCGGGCUUGUUUCCAGUGGAAACGUCCGACUACGAGAGUCUGAAACAGGCGGUCGAACGGCUGUGCCUCAACGAUCCCUCCGUGACGGUGACUCCCGACUCCAGUAAGGCCUUGGGCCUCGGCUGGAGGAUCGGAUUCCUGGGCGUGCUGCACAUGGAGGUGUUCGGAGCACGGCUCUCGCAGGAGUACGACGCCAGUGUCAUCCUUUGUCAGCCGAGUGUCGAGUACAGGGCCAUUAUCAAGGUUUGUGAAAUAUUUUCAAAGUAUAGUGAUUUCCCCUCUUUCAGGACAAUGAAAGUAUUCGGAAACGACGGUACGAGGGGCAGGAAGAAGUGCGGAUUCUGGAUCCGAGUCGGUUUCCCGAGGAGAGCGACGUCGAAAAGUUUCUGGAGCCGAUGGUAAAGGUCCGAAUGAUAGUGCCGAACGAGAUGAUGGGCACGGUGAACGGCCUGUGCUCCGAGUGUCGGGGCGAGCGCGGAGAGAUCUCUUCGAUCGACUCCACCCGACUCAUGAUCCUUUGGCGCCUUCCGCUCGCCGAAAUCGCCGUCGAUUUCUUCGAGCGGCUCAAGAAGUUGACCAGCGGAUACGCGUCAUUCGACUACGAACCAGACGGCUGGCAGGAGACGCGACUCGUCAAACUCGCCAUUUUAAUUAACGGGAAGGAGGUGUGAGCACUACUUUUUGAGUUAUCAAGCAAUCGCAUUUUACCAUUUCUUGCAGGUCAGUGAAUUCUCUCAAAUCCUGCCCGCCGCGAUGGCCCGCGAUCGUGCCAAGACCCUCGUACAACGGCUGAAACGCGAAAUUCCACGUCAGCAGUUCGAGGUGACGAUCAAGGCGUGCAUCGGAUCGUCGACGAAGGCGCUCUCGCAAAUUGUGAUCCAGCCGAUGAAACGCGACUUUUCGCAACUUCUGAAGGGAAAUUUCGGCGGCGGCGGAAUGGAACGACUGAACAAGAAGCUGAGCCAUCAGAAGAAGGGAAAGGAGCGGAUGAAGAUGCUCGGAAAUGUGCAAAUUCCCAAAGAAGCGUUUUUAAAUGUGCUCAAGAAUUAG